CGAGUGUGUGUGUGUAUGUGUGUGUUGUGUGCGUGUCAGCUGACGGCAGCAGAGAGCGAGAGGGAGGGAGCAGCGGGCGACAUCUUGGAUUCAUGAGUGAACGGUGACCGCAUCCUAAAACACCAAAUACUCUCAAUAACUCUGAGCUUCGGUCAGAACCGAACACAUCUGUCUCUGCUGAGCUGAGCCGGUUCGGUCCGGUCCGGUCCGGUCCGGAGGGAGACACCGAGACAGACACGCAGAGUUUUAGAAAAUGGCCCGUGAACACUGAGCAAGGCCACCACCAUGAUCGGAGGACUCUUCAUCUACAACCACAAGGGCGAGGUGCUGAUCUCCCGUGUCUACCGUGAUGACAUUGGGAGGAAUGCGGUGGAUGCGUUCCGUGUGAACGUGAUCCACGCGCGUCAGCAGGUGCGCUCGCCCGUCACCAACAUCGCCCGCACCAGCUUCUUCCACGUCAAGCGCUCCAACAUCUGGCUGGCUGCCGUCACCAAGCAGAACGUCAACGCAGCCAUGGUGUUCGAGUUCCUCUACAAGAUGUGUGACGUCAUGACCGCCUAUUUCGGCAAGAUCAGCGAGGAGAACAUCAAGAACAACUUUGUUUUGAUCUACGAGCUUCUAGACGAGAUCCUUGAUUUUGGGUACCCCCAGAACUCUGAGACCGGAGCCUUAAAGACCUUCAUUACUCAGCAGGGUAUUAAGAGCCAGCAUCAUACGAAAGAGGAGCAGUCUCAGAUUACCAGUCAGGUGACUGGACAGAUCGGCUGGAGACGUGAAGGCAUCAAAUAUCGCCGCAAUGAACUCUUCCUGGAUGUACUGGAAAGUGUGAACUUGCUGAUGUCACCUCAGGGUCAGGUGUUGAGUGCCCAUGUGUCAGGGCGUGUGGUGAUGAAGAGCUACCUGAGUGGAAUGCCAGAGUGCAAGUUCGGCAUGAACGACAAGAUCGUCAUCGACAAGCAGGGCAAAGGUGGCACUACUGAUGACACAGUCAAGAGUGAGUUGGGAGGCAGUGGGAAACAGUCCAUUGCGAUCGACGACUGCACGUUCCACCAGUGUGUCCGUCUCAGCAAGUUUGACUCCGAGCGCAGUAUUAGCUUCAUCCCUCCCGACGGAGAGUAUGAGCUCAUGAGGUACCGCACCACUAAAGACAUCAUCCUCCCCUUCCGCGUAAUCCCAUUGGUCCGUGAGGUGGGCCGCACCAAGCUGGAGGUGAAGGUGGUGAUCAAGUCCAACUUCAAGCCCUCCCUCUUGGCACAAAAGAUAGAGGUGCGCAUUCCUACUCCACUCAACACCAGUGGGGUUCAGGUCAUCUGUAUGAAGGGAAAAGCCAAGUACAAAGCCAGUGAGAACGCCAUAGUAUGGAAGAUCAAGCGAAUGGCUGGUAUGAAGGAGUCUCAGAUCAGCGCUGAGAUUGAGCUGCUACCCACUAAUGACAAAAAGAAGUGGGCUCGCCCACCCAUCUCAAUGAACUUUGAGGUACCCUUUGCUCCAUCAGGACUGAAAGUGCGCUACCUGAAGGUCUUCGAGCCGAAGCUGAACUACAGCGACCAUGAUGUCAUCAAAUGGGUGCGUUACAUCGGCCGCAGUGGCAUCUAUGAGACCCGCUGCUAACAGCCGCCCCUCCGCGAGGAGGGGGGAGAGACGUAGACCAAUAGAUGGGCGGGAUGAACAGAGGACGAGGAGAAUGGAGUUAUUCAUUGUCUCACUCUCCCCUCCCUCCCUCAACUUUUUAUACCGGGUUCUGUUCACAACGAUAGCAUCAACAAAGGGAAACACAUCUAAAACCUCACAAAUGUGCCCUUCAGAAUAAAACGUCGUUUAUCUGCAAUGAUUAAAAAUAGUUGAUCCCGCUCCACUUGCUAUAAGAUGAGAUGUAAACCCCCACUCAUUUCUCCUUUCUAAUUCUUCCACAACAUGCAUUCCAGACCCUCAGUCCCCAUUGAUUCCCAGCUAAUGUGGGGCCCUUUUCAUCGCGUGAUUAGCGCUGAACCUGUGUUCCUGCUCACAGUGUGGCCAUUUCCUGCCCCUUAGUCCCUGUCUGCUAAUUUGGGCCCUGGAAACUUUACCCUUCAUGCUUCAUUUUUGUAGUGGAGUAUUAGUUAGGUAUCGUCCACGUUCUUGUUCUCAGUGAACUCGUGUAAAUGUUCUUGAGCGUUAACUUUCCAUUAUCCAUAAACAUGGUUUUACGUACCAUUUUGUCUUAUUUUUUGUUGUCUGAAUAUAAAAUAAUUUUUCAAUGUGACCAAAAUGAGGUGCGAGGAUGUUUGAAUUGAAACAACGAAUCGUACUAAUGCUUAAGUCCAGCUGUCUGUGUGCAUAUAGCAUACUAUAUACACUAACAAAACCACCAUGCCACAUGUCAUAUAGGCCUUCAUUUGGUGUCAUAUAGCGACUGGUGUGUGUACGUGUGUGGGUCAGGGGUCCCCAACAUCUCUCAGGGACUUUGCAUUUGUGAGCUUAGCAUUUCUCUCUGUGUACCACGUCGUUUGCUUGACUGAAGAUCCAGUCCUUGGAUCGGCGAAAUCUCUCAACAUUUCUCCUGAGAUUAGUUUGCCUGCAAAUGCAACUUCAAAAAGAUGCAUUUUGCUAAAUACUUAAGAGAGGGGCUUGAAUAUUAGGGAGUCCCUCGGAUGGGAUGAUCUCUAAACCUCUUUCCUUAGUCUUGAUCUAAGGCAGGAGAUUUUGGAGAUGUCAAAAGUAAUAAGCCGUGUCUGCCUUUAAGGUCUAGAACACUGUGCCGGCUCCUUUCAUGUGCAUGACAACUCUUCACUCCGCGGAGGAUUUAUCUUAAUGCGAAGACGUUUUGGUUGAACAGCACAGAGAUGGAAGCACAGUUUAGUCUGCCCUCGACACGUUACGUUUUAGACAACACUACAAACUAGACCCUGCAGAUUUAAGUGUGCAUCAUCUUGAACAGUGUGUUUCAGCUCUGAGAGAUGAUGAGGCUCCUUUUGCAGUGUAUCGUCUUCUAACUUUGUGAUGUUGUCUCAAUCCUAAUAAAAUGUGUAAUGAACUACUCUUAA